AGAGAGUGGGGGAGAGAAGAGAGGAGAUGAAACGGUGUCGUUUGUUUGGGAGGAAGUGAGGUUUAAGAUUCUGAGACCCAAAAGAAGUGAAGGAGAAAAACGGUGGCUUUUUGAGACCCGCCAUCGAUGAAAGCUUCAGAAGCUUUACCAAAGUGAGAGAACGCAGAAAACGUUUUGGUUUUGUUUUGUUUUUUGAAAAUCAGAAAUGGGUUGUUGUUACUCGAGAAUAGAGAGAGAAGAGAUGGUUUCAAGGUGUAAGGCGAGGAAGAGAUACAUGAAGCAGUUUGUGAAGGCGAGGCAAGCCCUGUCUGCAGCCCACAGUAUGUAUAUCAGAUCCCUGCGUGGCACUGGCUCUGCUCUCCUUCAGUUUGCCACCGCCGAGACCAAUCUCCACUACCACCACCACCACCACCAUCUCACACCGAUUCCACCCUCUCCGCCGCCACAGCAGCCCUCUCCUCCGCCUCCACCGCCGCCCAUGAGUCCCAGCUCCGAUACGUGGACAUCCAUCACAGCCUCGCCCUCUCAUCUACCGCCUCCGCCUCCUCCUCCUCCUCCGCCGCCCCCGCCCCCGGCGCAGUCCAGCUGGGACUUCUGGGAUCCGUUCGUGCCGUCUUCGUCAAGGUCCGUGACGGAGGAGGAGUGGGAAGCUACGACGAUGGCGUCGGAAGCCCCUGCCACGACCGCCGUCUCCGCCAACGUCACGGCUCCGCCUUCGGUGGUCAGUGGGUUCUCUAAGGACACAUCGAGCGAGCUUGCUAUGGUGGUGUCAAGAAACAGUAAAGAUCUCGCUGAGAUCGUCAAAGAGGUCGACGACUACUUUCUUAAAGCCGCCGACGCCGGUAGCGAAGUCUCAUUACUCUUAGAAAUUCCAAGGUCCACUUUCUCCAAUCAGACUGGAGGUAAGGUUUAUAGCUGUGGAAAGAGUUCGAAUCCAUUAUGGUGUCCAUGGGUCUCGAAUUCGAAAUUGAAUGGGUUUGGGAGACUGUGUGAAGAGAUGGUUGUUACUGAUAUAGCUGGUGGGGGUAUUAUCAGUGGUAGUAGCAGUCACUGUUCUACUGUGGAGAGGCUAUAUGCUUGGGAGAAGAAACUGUUCCAAGAGGUUAAGAAUGCUGAGAGUAUAAAGAUAGAGCAUGAGAAAUGUGUAGCCCAGCUGAGGAAGUUGGAGGUAAAGAGGGCUGCUGACUAUGUGAAGACUGAGAAAACCAAGAAAGAGGUUGAAAAGUUGGAGUCUAGGAUGAUGGUUGCUUCCCAGGCCAUUGAAACUACCUCUACUGAAAUCAUCAAAUUAAGGGAGUCAGAGCUUUACCCACAACUCCUUGACAUCGUAAAAGGAUUGAUGAGCAUGUGGAGAAGCAUGUACGAGUGCCACCAGGUCCAAAUGCACAUAGUUCAGCAGCUCAAAUAUCUCAAUGCUAUCCCAUCAACUGAGCCCACAUCCGAGAUUCACAGGCAAUCAACUCUCCAGCUCGAGCUUGAAGUCCAGCAGUGGCACUCAACCUUUUGCAGCCUAGUAAAAACCCAACGAGACUACAUCCAAGCACUUACGGGCUGGCUCCGUCUUAGCCUUUUUCAGUUCAGCAAAAACCCACUAUCCAAAACCAGACAGGAGUCCAUGAUUUACUCCCUUUGUGAAGAAUGGCACCUUGCACUUGACCGGGUUCCAGACAAAGUGGCAUCUGAAGGGAUAAAGAGCUUGUUAACAGUAAUUCAUGCCAUUGUAGUCCAACAAGCUGACGAGCAAAAACAAAAGAAGAGGUCAGAAUCUGCAUUUAAAGAUCUUGAGAAGAAGCUGGUUGAGCUUAGAGCACUGGAAUGCAAACAAUCCCCAUUUUCAACGCCUGAAUCAUCUGCCAUCACAAGAAGCAAGGACCCAAUAGCAGAGAAGAGAGCAAAGGUGGCAACUUUGAGAGCAAAAGCAGAGGAGGAAAAGAGUAAGCAUGAAAAGGCAGUGAGUGUAACAAGGUCUGUGACAUUGAACAAUUUGCAGAUGGGGUUCCCACAUGUCUUUCAGGCAGUGACAGGUUUUGCAAGUGUAUGUACUCAUGCAUUUGAAUCGGUUCACAACCAGGCCAAGUGUAUGGACCAAGAGCUCGAUGUGAAGAGGAUACUGCCUUAAUUGAGGAUCCUGCCUGCUGUCUCAUCAGGGCAAUAUACUGGAAAACCAAAUAAUCCAGAACUUGAUGUCUGUCUAUAGGUUUGCAUUUCCAUUUCAGUUGCCGGCUUGAACCCCAGAAAUUUUCCGAAUGCAGGUUGACAGUGACUUACCUCCUGCGCAGAUCUAUGAGAUACAAUCUCAAACACAGUGCAGAAUCAAUAGCAAUUAUAGGUAUACAGCCUUUUGUAAGUAGUCUCUCCUGAUGGAGGUAGAAUUGGGGGUUUAUACCUUUGUUUGAAUGGUUUGAAUUUUCUCUUUGUUAGAGAAGAAGCCAAAAAAAAAAAGGAAAAAAAAAAGAGGUUCUUUUUGUGAAUCUUUGUGAAGGAUUUUAAAGGGUUGUUUAUUUAUUAUGCUGUUCAGAGAGGGAGUUUC